AUGAUCCUCCCGGAGAGGCCGGGCGUCGGCGAGGACAGCGCCCAGCAGCAGGAAGCCGAUAGCGACGGCCAGGUGAAGGAGCCUUCUGCCCAACCCCAAUCUGCUGGGAUGAUGAGUGACCUGGACAGAAUGAGUCCCCUGCGUGGCUCAGGAGGCAACUCAGUGACCGUGUGCUAUGCUUUGUCCUGUGCCCCUGUUCCCCCACUUCCUGGCAGGAAAGUAGCCCACAGUCCAUGACUAGGCCUCUGGUUGGAGAGAGGGGAUAGGCUGUGACUCCCUGACUCAGUGUGGUCGGCUACAGAGCCACCAGGCCCGGCUUCACCAGCAGAUCAGCAAGGAGCUGAAGAUGCGGGCUGGUGCUGAAAACCUGUACAGAGCCACCAGCAACAACCGGGUCAAAGAAACAGUUGCACUGGAGCUCAGCUAUGUCAACUCCAACCUGCAACUGCUGAAGGAGGAGCUGGCGGGGCUGGGCAGCUGCAUAAGCAUGGACCAGCCAGAGGGCAGGUCUGGAGCCCCAGCUUCUGGUUCUAGAGACGGUGUCAUGGUUCCCAUGAUCCCCCUGGGCCUAAAAGAGACCAAGGAGCUGGACUGGGCCACACCUCUGAAGGAGCUGAUCUCAGGGCACUUUGGAGAGGAUGGUGUCUCCUAUGAGGCUGAGCUUCAGGAGCUAGACGGCCUGCGGCAGGCCAUGCGGACCCCCAGCAGGGAUGAGGCAGGCCUGGAGCUGCUUGCAGCCUACUAUAGCCAGCUCUGUUUCCUGGAUGCUCGUUUCUUCAGCCCUGCCAGGGGCCCUGGGCUGCUCUUCCACUGGUACGACUCACUCACUGGGGUCCCAGCACAGCAGCGAGCCCUAGCCUUCGAGAAGGGCAGUGUGCUGUUUAACAUUGGGGCACUGCACACGCAGAUUGGUGCACAGCAGGACUGUUCCUGCACCAAGGGUACCAGCCGGGCUGCCGAAGCCUUCCAGAGUGCGGCUGGGGCUUUUAGACUCCUCAGGGAGAACUUCUCCCAUGCACCGAGCCCAGACAUGAGUGCUACCUCUCUGUCCAUGCUGGAGCAGCUCAUGGCCGCCCAAGCACAGGAAUGCAUCUUCAAGGGUCUCUCACUGCCAGCCUUUGCCACUCCUGACAAGUGCCCUGCUCAAUUUCUCCUGGCUCAGGAGGCUGCCCAGGUGGCAGCUGCAUACAGGCUCGUGCACCAGGCCAUGGCCCAGCCAGCUGUCCGAGAUUAUGUGCCCGCCUCCUGGACCACCCUGGCACAUGUCAAGGCAGAGCACUUCCGCGCCCUGGCCCACUAUCAUGCAGCCGUGGCUCUCUGCAGUGGUUCCCCAGCAGCUGAGAGAGAACUCUCCAAGCAUGAGCCAGUCUUCCAGCCCCCGCACCCUUGUGAACCCAAAGACCCUGAGGAAUGCAGGAAGCUAGCCAAGGCCCACCUGAAGCGUGCCAUCCUGGGCCAGGAGGAGGCCUUGCGUCUGCACACUCUAUGCCGUGUCCCGCGCAAGGUAGACUUGCUGCAGGCCGUAGUGACCCAGGCACUGCAGCACUCACUGGCUAAAUACUCAGAGCUUGAGCGUGAGGAUGACUUCUUUGAGCCUGUGGAGGCCCCAGACAUCCAGCCUAAGACUCAGCAGGCACCAGAAGCAAGGAUGCCCAACCUGUCCCAGACAAAGGUGACAGACAUCUUCCACCGGCUGGGGCCCCUGUCUGUGUUCUCAACCAAGAACCGGUGGCAGUUGGUGGGACCUGUGCACAUGACCCAAGGAGACAGUGGCUUUGGCUUCACACUCAGGGGUGAUUCACCAGUGCUUAUUGCUGCUGUUGUUCCUGGGGGCCAGGCUGAGGCUGCUGGCCUGCAGGAAGGGGACUACAUCGUGUCGGUGAAUGGGCAGCCUUGCAAAUGGUGGAAGCACGUGGAGGUGGUGGCGCAGCUGAGGAACAUGAGUGAGGCAGGCGUGAGCCUACAGGUGGUGUCACUGCUGCCCAGCCCUGAGCCACGCAGCACUGGGGACCACCGGCCAGCUCUGCUGAGGAGCCAGAGAGAGAGUGGCUUUGAGACACCAGCACCCACACAUGCCAGACCCUGGCCCCUUGGCUGGCGCCACAAGGGCAAGCAAGGCAAAACCAGGGGCCGCCCCCAGGCCUUGGCCAGCAGGAACUGCGGCACCUGCCCUUGAACUGCACACCCCAUGUCUCCUUACUGCCCAGGGUGGCUGUGAGGACCAUGGCCUGACCGUCCACAUCAGAGAUGUGCACCAGGGUCCUCUGGGCACUGCACUUACACAGCUGGCCCUCCAAGGAGGUCAGCAGGAGUAGUGCUAUCCCCAUGCAGCAGGCCUUUUAGUCCCAUGACAUAUACUCUCAAGGCCCUAUGCUACAAAAGUCAAGCUUCUUCUUGGUGCAUAGUAUGCCCUCUGGAUACCCCUGAACUGCCCCAUCCUAGGUCCCUCUCUGGUCAACCCUGUCUGCAUGGUCCUAGCUAAGACCUGCCUUCUGCCCAGGAAACAUUGGCCACCAUGUACCUGAUGUCUCUGCUGCCUACACCACUUCCAUGCAGGCCCUGGCAACCCCCUAAGGUCAAUGGCAGCAAUAUUGUCCCCAGGUCUCUCAGUGGAGUAGGCUUAAGGCCUGGACUCCAAAGGGACAUUAUGAGAAGGGCCAUAAAGGAGGCAUUUCUGAACUGCUCACAUUAGAAGCCAUGAGAAAGCCUGUCCCCUAGGGGUUGUUUUCCAAGAUGGGAACUGGAGGCUGGAAAUGUGUCUCCAUAGCAGAGCCUUGCCCAACAUGCAUGGAGCCCUUGGCUCCAUUCAGCACUGCAAAAACAUUUGAAAGAAUGAGGAACUUGCUAGCCAGACAUUGGCCCCAUGACCACCAGGGGGCAGUUGCUGUCCACUCAUGUGGCCGUAGAAGGCUGCAGAACUUCCCACAGCGGGAUCUGGGGAUCACACCCUGGAAAGCCGCACAGCCCAGUUCCAUAGUCGGAGACACACACAAACACAUCUUUUUGUCAACUCCUGCCCUACUGUCCAUCCCUGAUGUCCACUUCAGCUCUGGUUUUAAAGUCCAGGUCAGGGUGAGCAUGAGAGGCUGAUAAUCCAGCACAACUGUCCGUCUGUCUGCUAAAGCAGAAUGUAUUUGCAGGCCUGCCUGAGCCUGGGAAUAAAAGGGGGGUCCAGGUGUAUCCCUCUCCCAUCUACCUGCCCUCCUGAGACAGUCCCUGACUCAGCAGAAGGGCCAAGGUCAUUCUGCCCCCUCAGCACUUGUUAAUUUGAUUAAUAAAACUGUGCAUCAAUGAG